GGUGAGCAGGUUUGGUAGUGGUGGCGGUUUUUUUUCCGUUGGCUAUUUGCUCGCGCUGCGCUCGGGGUCGGUGUGAGUGUAAGCGCGAGCGCUGUCGGACGAUGGGAGUACCAGAGGUAAAGUACUGAAUAAAAGGCAAUCGAUUGAUUCACCGACCGAUCGGGGAAGAGAGACGCAAAAAGUGAAGAAGCCGAUCUUGUCUGCGUCUUUAAUCCUUUUUUCUCCAAUGUAAUUCAUGGUGCUGAGUUGUGGGAUUUCGGUGGCGAAGAGGAUGGCACUGCUUCUCGGAGCCACGGCGCUCUUGAUGCAAGUGUGCUGCAUACAGACGAUAAUUCUAUUCACCAAGGAGCCCUACUCACAGGAUGCUUUGCAUGGGCGCAGUGCAAUACUCCGUUGUGAGGUUGAGAUUCCAACAAAUGUUGUUUUUGAGUGGUUGCUAAAUGGAAAACCUGUGAAGACUUCUGAGAGACGCUUCAUUGAAGGCAGCAAUCUGCAAUUUACUGCAGUUGAUUGGAGGGAGGACAGUGGAGACUUUCAGUGCAUAGCACGGAAUACAGUCACUGGAGAGGAAGCUAAAACAGCAACCGCGUCUUUCAAUAUCAAAUGGAUAGAGACUGGAGGAGUGAUUUUAAAAGAUCCACCCAGUGUGUCUGAGAUACAGACAUCUGCUCCAGUCACUCUACGCUGUAACAUCGAUGGACACCCCCGUCCCAACUGGCAAUGGUUCAGAGAUGGUAUCCACUUAACAGAUGCAAGCCAUUACACGUUCAACAACAAAGAGCGCAGUUUGACUCUGAAAAGUGCCAGUCCUGAAGAUAACGGCAUUUAUUGCUGCUGUGCAAGGAAUGCUGUGGGAAAUGUUUGCAGCAAUGAUAAUUUCACACUGAUGAUCAUUGAUUUGAACCCCUGUCCUCAAAACAUCAACCUGAGCCUCUGGAUUCCUCGUCCAAUGAUUUAGCACUAUACCAUCCUUCCAUCCAUGUAGUUUUUCUUGGUCAUUUUUUUUUCUUUUUCUCUUAAGCUAAUCUUUGAUCCUUUCUUAUUUGCCAGUAAUUCUUCUCCUCUAACUGUCCCUUUAAACUACAGUGUGUAUAUUUAUGAUUAUGGAAAUGCAUGUUUACCAUUAACUGAGAGCUGAAAUUUCCCACAGCACACUCAACACUGUUACCUGCCUGUACUUCCAGUGAAUCAUGCUGAGAAGCCCUGCUGCAAAACGAUCCUGCCAUUUGCUUGCUAUUUUCAGAAUGGAAGAAAUUUAUAUUCCUCAAAGUAGAGAAAUUAAUGGGUUAAAUUUACUCUCCCUGC